AUGGGCAGUUUCUGUCAGCUAGCUCUAGCUAUAUUGAGCCUUUGUGAGGGGUUAAAGGCCUUUCCUCACUUGAGAACAAAGCCUUCUGACCCAAAAGUGGACUUUGAAAAUAUACUAAGCAUGGCUAAGCAUCUCUUAAGUGAUACCAAACAUCUCUACCAUAACUUUAAAUUCAAGUAUCCAUUAGAAGGGGAGCAUAAACUAGAUACAUUGCCUGUGCUCUCUAUAAAUGCAAUUGAAUUAUCUACUAUACAGAUUCCGACAGGCCUCACAAAACUCAGCUCUGACCUCUUCCUAUAUCAGAAACAUUUUGAUUGGCUUAAGAAGGCAGCUCACGUCGUUCGGCCUAUGGACCAUGAAUUUACCAGUGUCCAUAACCGCAUUGACAAGCUAGUGAAAAAAAUAGAUUUGUUGAUUAUAAAGCACAACAUAGUACGUGUCAGUGAUCCACCUCUGCCUCAGCUACCCAACACAACAACCCAGUGGGGGGUAGUGCAAAUGGGCCAUGCUAUUUUCCACCAUUUCCAUCUAUUUUUGGACUAUGCUACCCGUGUUUUGGUUCUGAUGAAAAACAAACUGUGA